AUGUUUCAUAAUUCAUUUUAUUUAUUUAUAUGUAUAUUUAUAACGACUAUUUUGGCUAUAUCUCCAAAAGAAGGUAUUAAUUCAGAUCCAACAAAACAAUAUUUAGUUACAAAUUUACCUGGUUUGAAUAAUAUUGAUGAUGAUUAUAAACCUUUAAUGUAUUCAGGACAAUUGGAAUUAUUUCCUGAAAAUAAUACAAAUUAUUAUUUUUGGAAAUUUAUUGAUUCUAAAAAAUCAGAUUUAAAUAAUAAAAGAACUAUAUUUUGGCUUAAUGGUGGACCUGGUUGUUCAUCAAUGGAUGGGGCAUUAUUAGAAAUUGGUCCUUUUAGAAUUAAUAAAGAUAAACAAGUAACUUUAAAUAAUGGUACAUGGCAUAAAAGUGGUGAUAUUAUAUUUGUUGAUCAACCUGCUGGUACUGGGUUUAGUUAUACUGAUCAAGAUAAAUAUUUACAUGAUUUAGAUGAUAUGGCUUUUUAUUUUUUAAAAUUUAUGGAAAAAUAUUAUGAAGUAUUCCCUCAGGAUUUAGAAAAUGAUAUUUAUCUUGCUGGUGAAUCAUAUGCUGGACAAUAUAUUCCUUAUAUUGCAGAUUAUAUUAUUAAAAGAAAUCAAAAUUUAAAAGAAGAUGAACAAGAUAAGACCUAUAAAUUAAAAGGUUUAUUAAUUGGUAAUGGUUGGGUUUCUCCUAAUGAACAAAGUUUAAGUUAUUUACCAUUUUUUAUUGAAAAUAAAUUAAUUGAUUCAUCACAUCCUAAAAUCUUAGAAUUAUUAAAUCAACAAGAACAAUGUCAAAAAAUAAUUGAUAAAAUAGAUAAUCAUUUUAAUGAUGAUGAAAUAAAUCCUGCAGAAAUUGAUUCAUCAAUUUGUGAAGGUAUAUUAACAAAAUUAUUAGAAUAUACUUUAAAUCAACUGGCAAAUGAUGAUCAAAAAUGUAUAAAUAUGUAUGAUUAUACAUUAAGAGAUUCUUGGCCUUAUUGUGGUAUGAAUUGGCCAAUGGAAUUAAAAUAUGUUAAUCCAUUUUUAAAUGAUAAUGAUGUUAAACAUGAUUUAAAUUUAAAACAAUUAAGAACUUGGCAUGAAUGUACUGGAAGAGUUAGUAGAAAUUUUAAUGCAAGACAUCUGUUUCCAUCAGUUCAUAAAAUUCCAGAUUUAGUUAAACAUAUUCCAAUAAUAUUAUUUAAUGGUGCUAAUGAUAUUAUAUGUAAUUCUCAAGGUGUAAUGCAAUAUUUAAUGAAAUUAGAAUGGAAUGGUCAAAUAGGUUUUGAAAAUAAAGAUUCACAAUUAGAUUGGAUUCAUGAUAAUUCAAAAGUUGGAAGUUAUUUACAAGAAAGAAAUAUAACAUUUAUAAAUAUUUAUAAUUCAAGUCAUAUGGUACCUUAUGAUUUACCUGAUGUUUCAAGAGCAUUAAUUGAUUUAAUAACUGAUAAUUAUGAUGAGAAAGAAAAUCAAAUUAUUACUUAUCCAUUAGGUGUACAUAGAAAAGGAGUAGAACAAGAAGAAGAUCAACAUUCUCUUGAAGAAACAGAAGAACAACCAACCCAAUCAAACUCAACUACAACUACAACAGACUCAAUAACUUCUUCUUCAUCAUCAUCAUCAACAACCAGCACCACCACCACAGAAGAACCAACAAGCAAUAAAAUAACAAGAUUAAUACAAUUGGCAGUAAUAGUCAUAGUAAUAUGGGGUAUAUAUAUAUUAUACGCAUCAUAUAGAUCAAGACCAUCAUCAAUAAUUAAAAAAUCAACAACAAACAAAAAGAAAAAUGUUCAAUGGGCAGAUCAAUUAGAUACAUUUGAAGAAGAUAUAGAAGAAAACCUACAUAAGGAUGAAGGUGGAUUUAUAACAAAAGCAUUCAAUAAAAUAAGUGGUAAAACCAAUAACAAUAAGCUCAAUCCAAAUUAUGUACCUUUAGAUGAUUUUAUAAUAGGUAGUGAUGAUGAAGAUACUCCUGAACCACCAAAACCACCACCUAAAAAUUAUGACAAAAAGGACAAUAAUAAUAAUAAUGAUGAUGUAAAUAAUUCUGUUUAG